AUGUCGACAUGGGCUGGGCAGCCAAAGGUGGAGGGCAGUACCGAGACAAUACGCAUGUUGUUACUGACCUGCGUUUCUGUUGGCAUUACCUUUACCUGGGGCGUUGAGAUGACUUACUGCACCCCAUAUCUUUUAUCGCUUGGCUUGAGCAAAGGUCAAACAUCGAUGGUGUGGAUCGCGGGUCCUUUGUCCGGGCUGAUAGUACAGCCGAUAAUUGGCGUCAUCGCCGAUGAAUCCAAAUCAAAAUGGGGGAGGAGGCGGCCCUUCAUAGCCGUUGGGUCUAUAAUUGUUGCGUGCAGUAUGGUAGCACUCGGCUUCACUAAGGAGAUCGUCGUGACCUUCGUGGCGGACAAGCAGCACGCCAAAGUGGCCACCAUCGCUGUGGCCGUCCUUGCUCUCUAUGUUACCGACUUUGCCAUCAAUGCUGUCAUGUCAUGUGCUAAAAGUUUGGUCGUCGAUACUCUCCCAAUACAAAAGCAACAGACUGGUGCAGCAUGGGCAAACCGAAUGGGUUCCCUUGGACACAUUAUAGGGUACGGAAUGGGAGCCGUCGAUCUCAUCCAGCUCUUUGGGACAAGGCUUGGGGAUACACAGUUCAAACAGCUCACCGUCAUUGCCGCGCUCGGGAUCCUGGUCACUUCAACCGCCACCUGCUGGGCCGUCACAGAAAGGGUGCUCGUCUCAGUUAGGCAUGACCCGCGCCGUGCCCAGGGCCACUUCAAAGUUGUUCGCCAAAUCUGGUCGACGCUUCUGACGCUGCCCCCGCGAAUCCGAGCCAUUUGCUGGGCUGUCUUUUGGUCCUGGAUCGGCUGGUUUCCGUUCCUCAUCUACAGCAGCACCUGGGUGGGGGAGACAUACUUCAGAUACGACGUCCCUGGUGAUGCUAGGAACACGAACGAUGCUCUCGGUGACAUGGGCCGCAUUGGCAGCACCGCUCUGGCCGUAUACUCGACCAUAACCUUCAUCAGUGCUUGGAUCUUGCCGAUGCUGAUCCGAGCCCCCGAAGAUAGUUCCUUUACUCCUCGCCCGCCCGUUAGCAUUGCUCGCUGGGUCGCCGUUCUGAACAGCAUGAAGCCCGACCUUCUCACCGCGUGGGUUUGUAGCCACUUGCUAUUUUCGUUUGCUAUGGCACUCACCCCCUUCGCCGCCUCGUUCCGCUUCGCCACCAUUUUAGUUGGGAUGUGUGGCAUUCCGUGGAGCAUUACCAUAUGGGCGCCGAGCACCUUCCUAGGAGUAGAAGUCAGCAAGAUGAGUGGCGCAUUGGACCCCUCGGUUAGCGGUAUCGAGCUGCGCGACAACCUUCGUGCCGACCUUAUCGAUCCCGAGGGUGGCCCCGCCAGCAACUCGAGCGGCGAGCUGAGCGGCGUGUACUUUGGUAUUAUGAAUAUAUAUUCGACCCUGCCGCAACUCAUCAGCACCUUUAUCAGCACCUUGGUCUUUACCGUACUCGAACCUGGCAAGAGCCCGGAGCUGGCUACCGACGCACACCCGAGCGAGCAUAGUGACCCGGACGGGCCAAACUCGAUUGCCGUGUGUAUGUUCAUCGGCGCCAUCGGCUCCUUGGCGGCCGCUUGGGCAACGAGAAAGCUUCGGUAUGUAUAA